AUGUGCUCUAAUGUUAUGAUAACUUCCCGCAGUACUUGCACAUUCCAUUCUUAUGGUGCUGUGGUACGUAACCUCUCUGCGGAGAAAAGUAUUCACAUCGGUUCAAUAAAUUUUCUUUGUGUCCUCUGCAUACAAAGGAAUGCAUUUAUUCGAAUGGUCAUCGUACGGACACAGUUUCUAGGAAUUGAGUUUUCCUCAGAACACUUAAUGAUGAUUCGCUGGGUUGUUCUUUUCGUCGCAGUUGCCACCGUCCUGGCAGAAGACUCCGUUAGAAACGUCACAUGCAGGGCGAAAACACGUAGCAAAUGCUUCCUGGGAAAGUGUCCGUCUGGAUUCACGUGUCUCACGAAUGAUGAAUGCUGCGAGAACUCGCAAGUUGUGCUGCCUCCCGAGGAAUGCAAAGACUUCAUGGAACACUGCGAGAUCCUACAUUGCGACCAUGUGGAUUUUGUCGAUUUCGCACGUGCAAAUUGUGCAAAAACGUGCAAUUUCUGCUUCGAAAACGCUACUCUCCCACUAGAAUACGCUUGCACUGAUCUGUUGGAUGACUGCCGCGAUCGAUCGAGACUAUGUCGCGACAUUGAUUUUAUGGACAUGAUGGCAGUGUUUUGCCCACGUUCCUGCAUGCUCUGCGCUUAUCAGCCACCUCCAGGCGGAUGUCAGGAACUUCUCAACGACUGUGCCACUCGUGAGAAUUUCUGCACCACAACGAGGACCUCGUUGUAUCAGAAGACAAUGGGCUGUGGAAGAACCUGUGGAAAAUGCUAG